AUGAGCCUAGAUUUCGGCCUAACUCUGAGCGCCGCCGCUUCUGGCAUCUCCUUCUGCGAAAUGUGUGACAAGCCCUUCACUCAAGACGCUGUUUCAAUAAGAAACCGCACUGAAGAGACACCAGUCUGUAGCCUGCAACCCAACUGUGCACGUUGCAUCAAGAAAGGCCUCGACUGUGUGUAUCCCGAGACGACGAAUCAAGGGACGGGAGGGCUUGCGACCACAUCAUCUGCUCAAAUGCUUCUGGCUCAGAAUGCUUCCUCAUCCCAGACAUUCGCUCAAGCUGAUAUUCUGUCCUUUCCCCCCAGUGACGGUCUAUCUUGGGGCUCUCAAUCACAGCUAAUGGACCCGAAUAAUGCCAUGCUCUUGGCAGAUGGCACCGAUCUCGGGUUGGACUUCGCUUUUGGUCUCGAGUCUCUGGAUCAGGACAUAAACGUCACAGACAUGACACCGGCCCCAGAAGUUUACAAGUUGGUGAUGUCUUCUUGUAUCAACGGCGAUAGGUCUGUUGAGGCUUCCACGACGGAUGCAUCUUUCCCGCUCAGAAGUCUAUGUGCCCCGAAUCCGGUGGCCGAGAGCAGCGCCAAUCUCAUCAGACAGGCACUACGUUCAUACCCCCACAUGAUGCUCCGUAGGUCGUCAUUUCCGCCUUUCAUACACCCGCAUCAAGACAAGGACCAUCUUCCCGAGCCCCUUGCCAACUGUAUGAGUAUUGCUGUUCUUUUUGCGGCACGGAACCGCGACACCAGACAGUUUUUGUGGAAAUCGAUUCGUGAAGAACAAGAUAGAAAUCUAAGAGAGCUAACCUGA